GCGUUUUUAUUCAAAUAAACGUAAUGAAACUAAACAGCACUUUAAUUUGCUGAUUUGGUGUUGAAGGUGAUGCCAAAAUACUAUUUGAUAGUACUACACAAUACAGGCGAAAACCUUUAAAAUAGAGUAUCAAAGCAAGUAAACAUCUCCAAAUGACUCACAAAAGUACUCAUAAUUAAUAUCUAAACAAGAUUUUUCUCAUUUCCAUGUGAUAAUUCUCUCUCGUUACCAUUCCCUCCUCCCCCUAUCCUUCCCAGCUAUGGGCGUGGCAUAUUCUGGAAAAAGCCUGACUUAAUGGUUUAUUUUUCGAUGCGUUCCUUUUUUUUCUUAAAUCCUCACUAAACCUCCAACCUCAACCCCCGGUGUGUACGCCGUUUUUCAACCUCCGUCUAGUUCUAUCAUCUUGUUUCCAAUAGCCCAAUUUCUAGUUCCACUAUGACCGCUGGACUAACAGACUAAGGACGCAUAAAUACAGUUUAAGCCUCGACUUGAGGCAAAUUUCAUGCGCAUACCAGCGAGAAUCCUCUUGAACUUGGAAUAAAACAAUGCAAAAAACCUGUGAAUACUUCAUGAUCCCGCUGGUAUUUGCAAUCGAUUCAAUUGAAACCGAGGCUUGCACUGUAUUUAUGCGUCCUCUGUGCCUAUGACCAGCAGGCACAACGGAACUCGAAACUGGACUAUUGCCGUUUCUUUCCAAUCUCCAAUUCCUGUAACCUGGACUGAAUUUCCGAACUUGACCGCUGAAAAGAUGAUGUGAUAACAGCGGACUCAUACCCCCGUUGAUGACGUCACAUGUGACAUCGACCAUAUCGGGGUUAGAGUACUGCAUGACAACUAAUAACUGAUCAAAUCUGGUCUUUUUUUCUGUUGAAUAGUUGAUUCAAAAAGAGUGCUGCGACUGGAUAUUGCUUACGAAGGUGUGUUAUGGGGGGAAACUCCACCAUUGCCUACCCGGGAUGGUGGUGGACCAGCAAUGCUAUCCGUAUCGCCGUUAUCGCCAUCUACGCGAUCGUGGGGCUCAGCGCGAUCCUUUUCAAUCUCUUCGUCAUUUACGCAGUCAUGAAUCGCCGCAGUAUGCGGAAGAACAUUAACUUAUUCAUCGGCAACAUGGCGUUUAGCGAUAUGAUGAUAGCAGUGUGGAAUAUCUCAUUCGAGCUUGUUAACAUCACCACCAGGUCCUGGCACUGGAGGGUGGAGGGAACAGGGGGGAGAAUCCUGUGUAAAUUAUAUUACUUUUCAGGCUCUAUGGGCUACCUCGUGUCCCCCCUGACUUUGCUUUUUAUCACAGUGGAGCGUUUCCGGGGUGUCAAGUCUCUAGCAGCAAAAGGCGUAACCCGUAAAGGACUGCUUUGCUACGUGGCUCUUACAUGGCUUAUACCAGCCUUGUUGUACUCGCCUUUUUUGUACUUCAUGGAUCUCAUGAAUUACCCGGACGGGACGCUUAUGUGUGAGCGCAUCAUCCCAACCACGUACUACAAGGUCUAUAUCACACCAUUGUACGGCGUCUUUGUGGUGUUAUACUUUGCGAUUGCGGCUCUGGGGUUCAUGAUCUUAUGGCGGCUAAGAGACAUGGAAACCUUUGUUAACUUGCCCGAAGUUCAGAGGCGUGCGCGCAAGCUUCGGGUCCGUAAUGCCGUGCGGAUGGUUCUAUGUUCGCUUGGUACUUUCAUUCUUCUUACCACUCCUUAUCAUGCACAGAUCUUUGUAUUCUUCUUCUUGGGUGGAGACUUGCAACUGUACUUCAAGGUCUACUAUGGCAUGCUGUUUCUUGUUUGCCUGAACUGCGCAGUCAGUCCGUGUAUUUAUUACGUAUUUAUCGAGGAUUUCCGACAGGCCAUGAGGAGAGUUUGGUCCAUCGAGAGGCGAACGACAACAGCGACUCAAAUGCAAACGAGAAACGCUGAGACAGUUAUGUUGUAAAUAUAACUAAUUCAUAUAAUGACGAAUGGAAAAUAGCAGUUUUAACACGAAUCGCCGCUUAUAGGUUGGCCUUGUGAAAGAUAUAAUUCAAAUUGCCGAGCCCGUUUGAUUAGAUUGCGUAUCGUGGGCAAUGAUAGACAGCUUUUGUGUUUAGGCUAAGGGGGGGCCGUGAUAAGACCGACCAGGAUUAACUGGACAGGCUCUACAGCCGUGAGCAGCCAGGGAAAUUAAGCAGCGACGACGGCAACGCGAACGGCGACGGCAAAAAACAAUUGAGAAUUCUAAGUGCCAGACACCAGAAAAGUACUCGAAAUGGACUCUGUCUGAUACAUUUCAGCCGUUUCUUUCAAACUACAACGUGAACACUCCCAUCUUCUAGCGAGGAUGUGAAGGCGUCGCGCUGAAAAAUUAUCCUAAGACUAUCCUUGUUCGCUAUGUUGAAAACUAGUUAAUCAAAACUAGUUUAGAAUUGAGCGCAAAGCAUGAAAGCCUUUUUUUUUGGG